UAGGAGACCUGGUCUCUGAAACAGAAUCCCCGGCAUCCUAGGGACCUCCGUCUGGAGCCUCCGAUAUGGGCCCGACCAGAGCUCCCCCUGCAGGCCCGCCCUAGUAGGUCCAGUUACUAGGAUACUGGGGAUAAAGCAUUUCCUGCCUAGAUGUCUUGGCAGCUCCCACUGCCAUGGAGACCUUCGGGAGCUGAAGGAGCUGCGGACACCCAGAAAGCAGCACAAGAAAAAGGAGGCCAGUGGUCUUGAACUAGCUGAGCGAGUGGGUGAGCAGGGGCCAGACCCGAGCCAGGGGCCACGCCCACCUACCCAGCAUUCCUCACGCGCGCACAGUUCCCAGGUGGGAGCUGUGGAAGGAAUCAGGAGGAGGGGGUUCAAAGACCCAUGAUCUGUCUGUCUCUUUCCUUCUUCAGCCAUGUUUAUCACUGUGAUGUUUGGAGCUGGUUGUCAGGUGCUGGUGAACACCUGGUGUAGCCUGGUGACCUUCAUUAUGCAUCUGAAACAGAAAGUUCAGGUCCCCCCAGAAGUAACCACUGCUCUUCUGGCUGAAGACGGGCAUCUGGUGAGGCUGGAAGAGGGGAUCGCCCAGGCCCCCUCCAUGGCCUGUUCCCUGCUACAGGAGCAAGGGACCUAUGUCCUGGUACAGAUCACUGGAGGGAGAGAUGGGACUCCUGCCCACUAUGAGUCCCUACUGGACAACCUAGAUGACCACCGUCCAGAGUUAGCAGAGGAGCUGUGCUGGCUCUCCGGCUUUCCAGCUACAAGCAAUAGUCAGAGAAGACGCCCCGGCAUUCGGCGCGGCCACCGGGAACAAGGCCCCCCUUCCAGGUCUCGAAAGGUGGUCUCCCUACCAUCCAGAAACCGCUAGCUGGAGCCUGAGCCAGGUACAGAAGAGUUAUGGAAACUCAGGAAGAUCCAAAAUGGGGGAAGCCCUUCUUGAGAGACACGUGUGCUGAGGGGUACAGCUUUCACACACCUACACACCCAGGACAGUACACACCGUACCUAGAGAGAAGUCCCACUAUACUGCUGGAGUAUAAGGAUCCUAAAGGCAGACAUGCUACGAGUUUAAGAAGCUGGUACACACUUCUCCAGCCUGGCACAACGUAGGUGCUCAAUGCACAGCUGCUGCCUGUGAAAGCAGCAACAGUGUGUGAUGAAGCCGUCUGUGCUGGGGUCUGAAGGGCCUGCUUCCGUCCCAGCAGGUCCUAUGACCUGGUGCGCCACAGCCAAGUGGCCCAGCUGGACUUGGAUCCAAGGGGACUGGCCCUGACCUCGGCAUUAUGAUCAACUGCACACAGACCGCAGUCCAGCGGGACUCCUCUUUCAGAAUCUGGCAUUACUAAGAAGUUGCAUCAGCAAGAAGGGAAAGGUCACAGACAGGAUGUGAGAGCCCCUCCACUCCCCCCCCCCCAUUUGAGUGCAGAGAAAAAGAUCCAAGGACAAAAACAGGAAGAGUGAGCGGGGCUGA